UACGAUUCCACAAUUUUAUCCUGUUGGAUUUCAAUAUGAAGUUUCUGAGCCGUCAAACUUUUUUUUGCAUUGAUCGCCAACGUUUCGCUGUAUCUCUGACAUUGCAUCCUGCUCUGUCCAAAAUCUUAAUUCCGUGUACAUAUCCUUGCGUGAAAUAGUUGAUACUUAUCUCUAUGAACCCUCUUGGACAGGUCUGGCAAAUUUGUUAAAAAAAAAAAAAAAAAACAUACUGCAAGGUUACCGGGAAUACGCGAUAGAGAAUCCACUUCAAGCCUGUUCUGUUCAGUCGCCAUUUUGCAAGAUUGUGGGACGUGGCAACUGUAGCUAAGGGGGGCCAAGCUGAAGAUCGUCAAUUGGAAAGGUCCGUUGGCUGGCAACCAGUUCUGCGUGUACCCCGCCUGUCACCCUGUGAGGAUAAGCAGCUCAGCAAAUGGAUGGAUCUUGGCCCGCUGGAGGAUGACUUCCACCCGGCUGUACUGCAUGAACGGCGGACAUCACCUGCAGAUUCUCCCCGACGGGACCGUCCGCGGCCAGAGGGACGAGACGGACGUUCACACAUUUUUGCAGCUCAGAGCCGUGGCUCCAGGCGUGGUUGUCAUCCGAGGACGACAAACGGGACAAUUUUUGGCCAUGAACGAGGAGGGCCACUUGUACGCUUCGCCUUCCGUAAAUGAUGAGUGUCACUUCCUGGAGAGGCUGGAGGAGAACCACUACAACACGUACCGGUCUCACAAGUACCAGGAGAACAGCUGGUACGUGGCGCUGAAGAAGAACGGGAAACCCAAACCGGGUCCCCGGACGCACAUUGGACAAAAGGCCAUCUUCUUCCUCCCCCGCCGGCUGGAUGCCGACACCGGCACUUAGCAAAAAAAUGUCAUGACUCACGAGACGUCCUCUAUGGGUUUUCAAUCUGUGUAAUAUAUGUGUGCAGUGUUUUACAAAAAUGAGUACACCCUGACAUUUAUUUGCAAUAAUUUCACAUCGUUCAAUGGGACAUCACUGAAGAAACUUAGCGACAGUUUUAUGCUCUGAGUAGUAAAUUUAAUGUCCCGUAAACACACAGCCAUUAAUGUCAAAACCAGUGCGAACAAAAAUGAGGACGUAUGCAAUGGCAAGAUGUGAAACCAUUGACAAUUUUCACUCCCAAGUUGCACGUGAUUCUUAUGAGGUCUCAUGUGUAAGAUAGAACCGAUUUAUUAAAUAUGGUGUUCUUGCUCUCACACUCUCUAAUAUUGGUUACAUGAUUUUUAGUUGAAGCCAUUAUAUAGUAUGGGCGCACUCACUUUUGUGUGACACUGAAUAUCGACCGCAUCACUGACUGCGUGGGUUGUGAUCUUACUCAUUGUGAAUGUGAUCGUGAGCGGUUGUCUGCACGUGCCUUGCGAUUCACCGGGUGACCAGUCCAGGGUGUAUUCUGCCUUUAGCCCGAAGUCAGCUCCGACCGGCUUUGAACAGGAUAAUCCAUGGAUGUCGACUGCUUAUUGGAACGAAACUACAGGAUGGCGAUUUUACUGAUAAAAUCUUUGCGCUGACAAAGAUUAACCUAUUGAAAUUUAACAGAGUAUAACAGAUGCCCUUCAACUUCCACUAACAUUGUAGCAAUUUUGCCUCAGACGCUGCCACCCAGUGGCCAUUAUGCACGUGGCUAAAUCCGGGUAGAUAACUUUUUUUAACCCAUGCUAUUAACUCCAACAUUCAGAUAAGUGCUUUUAAAUACUGUAACGUGAUACCUCUAACAAUUGCAUCCUCUCGUAUAAUUUAUCAUAGAAUUAUUUUUUUCUUUAAAACGGUAUAUAUUUCUGUCUGCUACUACUCCAUCUACAUGUAGUUCAAUGCUAACCAGUUAGCUGCGGACAAAAAAGGCCUCAGCUCGUGAAACAAAGACGUCAAUAUUUAAGAUGAAUCAUAUACGAAACUUUGUAUUUAUGGUGAAACAGGCGUCAACAGCUUUUAAAAUAACAUUACAGGGUCCAUUGUGCGCCGUGGUGUCAUAUCUAUACCGAUGUGUGAAUGUAGUAAUCUAAAAUGCUGUAAUGUGGAAAAAUAGUUCAUUAAAAUCAAAAUGGAAUGAAAAAAAAAUGGUUGAACAACUGUAAUAAGGACUGAAGAUAGUAAAAGAACCCAAACCAGUGCUGCUAACCAAAUGUAGAUACUGUAGUUAUUGAUGAUGUAGCUUUGGCCAACUAUGCAUGCAUACAGCUAAUUGUUGAAGUUGAGUACUGGUGUUUUACAAAAUAUGAACAUGAAUAAAUAUGUUG